AAAGAAGAUAUUUUUUUCAAGGUUAAAGUUAGUCUGAAUUGCCGGAACACCAGAUAUCCUUCAGUCUGACAUUCAUUUCCCCUUUUUGAAGUGAAAUUUCCAUCUCGGCAGACGAUUUUUGAUUUCUUUUAAGAUUAGCCAUCAGUGCAACUUCCAUCAUGACUACUGUAAAGAAGAGACCAAGAUAUGCAAAAAUGAAUGGCAUAAUCUAUCCAGAAAUGUUUUCUCCAAAAUGCUUCCGUGAGGCAAUGGAAUACAAACCAAAACCUGGGGAUAUUUUCAUCAACACAUACCCUAGAUGUGGCAGCACUUGGAUGCAGAAUGUGGCCAUGUGCAUCUUUCGUAAAGGCAAAGAGUUAGAUAAUCCUUCGGAUUACUUACAGUGCUCGCCUUUUAUCGACAUGCUUGGACAGGAAGCCAUCGAUAAAAUGCCAAGACCAGGAGCUUUCAAAACUCACUUGCCUUAUUCACAUCUGCCUUAUUCCCCAGAUGCCAAGUACAUUUUUGUGACUCGUAACCCUAAAGACUGCUGCGUUUCUUUAUAUCACCAUGCUAGAAACAAACCAGCUUUUGCAUACGAAGAUGGAGAGUUUGAUGACUUCUUCGAACUUUUCAUGACUGGCGAACUGGAAUACAACGAUUACUUCGACCAUUUGCUGGGUUGGUAUCCACAUCGAAAUGAUCCGAAUGUAUUCUACACCACUUAUGAAAAUAUGAAGAAGGACAUCAGAGAAGUCAUUGUCAAACUCUCCAAAUUCCUAGGUCAGGAAUACAGAGAUGCUAUUGAAAAAGAUAAUAAUGUGUUCAAUGAUAUUAUACAUUUCAGCGGAUUGGAAUAUAUGAAGAAGCUGUUAUCUGAUGUUUGGAGUACAGACAAAAAGGAAGAACAUGGUGGCUGGAUGUUUGCAGGACUUCAAUAUAUGAAUGAUUUUAAAAAAUUACUAAGCCCUCCAAAAAAUCUUCCUCGACAAAAGCAAGUACUGCACGUAAGGAAAGGAAUGAUUGGAGAUUGGAAAAACUACUUUUCUGAUGAACAGAAUAAAAGGUUGAAUAAUAAAUUCAUCGCCAAAUUGAAAGACACAGAAGUUAUACAGUGGUAUCCCUUAGAGUAAAUUAUUCGGUAGCUCUGCUUUUAGACUGAUAUAUGCGUAGUUAUUAUUGAAUAAUUGCAUUUAUAGAAUGCCCAGCCUAAUCACAGAUCAGAAGGUAAUUUUUAAACCAUUUAGUGAAAUGAUUCUAAUUGGAAAAAAAUUAAAUGAUGAAAAUAAUCAUAUUCGUAUUGUUUGAGACAAUAAAUGUAUUUUUUUUAAAAUUAUAAUGUUAAAAGUUUUAUGCAGUUUCUUGAUCCUAUAAGUUGUAUAAAUAAAUUGUUAUUAAUGCUUUGAUAUUUUAAACAAACAAAAGUUACACACUUCUGCAACUAAAAUAAUACUUUUACAAUUUGAAUAACACUUUUUAAUUAAUAUUAACCUUCAGAGAUUAGGAAUAUAAGUAAUGAAUUUACGAAAAGAGUAAUACGAAUUAGAAUAGAAUCGAAUAUUACGAAUAGAUAAAGUGUCCGAAUACUUUUUUGACCGCUAUACAUUAUGAUUCUCUUAAAAACUAGAAUACUAUUUCAUGUGUUGUUAAAUAUUAUCAAUGCAUUUGAAUUUCUCUGAAUCUUGAUUGAAAGAUUUUAAACUUUUUUAUUAGAGUAAUUCUACGAUUAGAAUUAGACAUGUUGUUCUCUUUUAUCUUAUCAUACGGUUAUUCUUAAAUUUAUUGUAAAUGUGUCAAUGAAUUUAUGAAAAAUUAAUGAAAUUAAUACUAUUGAUUUCUUGGAACUGCAUUUCUUGAGCAAUAAAUAGAAUUAUACCUA